GGCUGGCUCGGUCCACGUCCGGCACGAAUAGAGGGGGUCCACUCCAUUUUUUUCAUUUUUCAGUCGGGCUCCGGCAAUGUCAGCCGAGGCUGUUUGACCGCGGCCAUCUUGGUCAGGUAUUUAGUAAAUUAUUACUUUACCAUAUACGUAAUUUAAGUUUUCUUUCAUUUAGCCAAAGUCAUGGACCGUCAAAGUGACACAAAUGUGAAAUAACGCAUUGGUACGCCCCCUUGCACAGGGCAGAUUCCUGCGUACGCGUCUCCGCCUCCACGUGCGCGCGCCCGCACCGCUAUUGGCGGAGGACAGCGUCCACCACCACCAACGCCGCGCGCGCGCCCGUCCCCUGCGUAGGACAAGCAUUCUCUUUUUCGGGUGGCAUCGUGGAGGGUCGUCGCGGGAGGCUGCCGAUUUCCAAGGACCGUCCCCGCGUGGUGCAAGAUAACAUUGCUGGGAGCGCCCACAUCACAACACUACGCGAGUGUCCACCACCGGGAGUCCCACGCACGGAUCGGCCUACCCGGCGAUGGCCAGCCCGCCUGCGGAUCGCGACGUCCGGCUGGAGUCGGCGGAGGCGAGCCGCCCGGAGCCCGCCUGCCUGGAGGCGCAGAAAUGGAUCGAGGCGGUCACAGGGAAGAGCUUUGGAGACAAGGACUUCCGCAGCGCGUUGGAGAAUGGCAUCCUGUUAUGCGAACUUCUGAGUGCAAUCAGACCAGGCCUGGUCAAGAAGAUCAACAGACUGCCCACGCCAAUCGCCGGCCUGGACAACCUGUCAGUCUUCCUACGGGGCUGCGAGGAGCUCGGCCUGAAAGGUUCGCAGCUCUUUGACCCGGGAGACCUUCAGGACACCUCCAUCCGAGCCAACCUCAAGGACUCCGACUGCAGCCGCAAGCUGAAAAACGUUCUGAACACGGUGUUUUGGCUGGGCAAAGCGUCCAGCGGCUGUGCCUCCUACAGCGGACCCACGCUUGACCUCAAGGAAUUUGAGGGUCUGCUGGCAAACAUGAAGGUGGACAGCGACGAGGCGGCUGACGGCUCACAGAAGCGCAGCAUUAGAGACAGCGGUUAUGACUGCUGGGACUCGGAACGCAGCGAGUCACUCUCACCGCCCAGACACACUCGAGACAACUCUCUGGACAGGUCAGACAACCGGUGUUGUUCAACAGUGGACCAACAAAUGGAACUGGACAUGGCAAAACAUCUGGACUCAUUUGGCUCGCGCUCGCAGCACAGUCCCUCUCCCGAUGUGGCCAACCGAGGCAACACGGAAGGAAGAGACGGCAAUCUGGAGGCGGACAGCGGCAGGAGGCCCGAUGUGCAGAAGGACGACAUGUCAGCCCGGCGUGCGGCGAGCGGAGAGGCGCGGACCCCCGUUGUCUUCAACCAGUUCCUACCCAACCGAAGCAAUGCCGGCUUCUACGUCCUGAACGCCAAGCGCAGACCUCUUGCUGAAGACGGAGAACAGCGCAGUCCCGACAAGGGCAAAAAGAGCGUGAGCUGGGCGCAAGAUCACCAGAGCGAAAAGGAAGUGUGUGAGCGGACCAGGCUACAGAGGUUGGAGAAGGCGGGCAUCAAAGUGUUGCCUGCGGCCCUUCGUUACGGAAGGAAGGAGGAAGUGGGCAUGCAAAAAGAGAAGACGGCAGAUGUGACAAAUGAUGUCCCCCCAUCUAGUGGGCAGGCGGAGUUAGGAAAGGCCAGUAAGACGGAUGAUCCGCCGAGAAAGAAAGCCUCCCGGGUGGGGGACGAUGAUCUGCCGCCAAUGAUGAUGAGUCACCGAGUUGCUUUUGUGUCCGGGGACUCCGAGAGCGUGAGCAUGAGUGACAUGGUGGACCAGGACCAGGCGGGACACCUGCCGCAACUCAGCCAGUCACGUUACGAGCGCAUGCACGAACAGUACAACAACUACGAAGAUGACGACGACCAAUGGCAAAGUGACUUGGCCCGUUGGAAGAACCGCCGCCGCUGCGCCUCACAGGAGCUGAUCAAGAAGGAAGAGGAGAGGAAAAGGAUGGAGAGGAUGAAAGGGGAUGGAGGUGACAAGAGGAAGAAUAUCAAAACCUACAAGGAGAUUGUGGAGGAAAAGGAACGGCGAGAGGCAGAGCUGUGCGAGGCGUACCGCAGCGCGUCGACACCGGAGGAGGCGGCCACGGUUCUGCAACGCUACGCUCUUCGUUUCACCAUCAGCGACGCCACGUUGGAUUUCUUAAAGCUGCCUCGCUCCACCGCAAACCCCGACCUGGCCCUAAACCAGGCCCAGCACGAACACAAAACCGUUUGUGAAGACUCCGAGCCACAAUCAACACAGCAGAACACGUGUGACGACUUACACAGGGGGCUAGAAAAAGAUCCGCUGACCUCAGAAAGCACACCUCCUCUAUCCCAAGAAACCCGCGAACCUCCGGCCCGAGCGUCUCCUAGCGAACCAGAACCAGCAACCAAAGUGGACGCAGAACCCCAACCUAAACCUGCCAAACCGAAACCCUCUCCGCCUCACCCCACAAAGCCCGCGCUCACGCUUCCCUCGCCGCCACCGCCCACCACGACUUCCAGACCCGUCCCCCUGCUGGCGGCUAAGCCCUAUCGUCAGCCACGCAGCGCACAUGGAGUCAAGAUGGACGGCCUUGUGCGUGUGAAUGGUGACACGGACACUUCGCCGCUGCAUUCGCCGAAAGACAAGAACAUCCUGGUCACACAAGCGGAGGAGCAGGAGGAGGACGAGGCCCCCUUUACGCUUGAGAUGAGGGGCAGGUCGCCUCCUCCCCAGGCGGCAACAUCCUCCUCGUCUUCAGCAUCCUUCUCAUCUUCGUCCUCUUCCACCAUCAGCUCGCUGUUCAGCGGGAGGAACUGCAUCACCAAGACCACCAUCGUCACGGAACUCACUCAGACGCUGGUGGAGCCACACGGAGUGGACAUCGACGGCCACGGCCAGGUUACGAUACCCAAUCAGGUGGAUGAAAUUGCGACUGCUGAGAAACCAGCAGAGGAAAAACAGUCCCAGUCAUCAUCGUCAUCGACUUCAGUAACCAGCAUCCAAGACCAUUGUCCCAGUGUCGCCGGUGGCCAAGAGGAGAGCAGUGUGAGCAUUGAGACCCCCAUGUUGAACUUGGCUAAGCGUGUUAAUCACUGGGUCUGGGACCCCAAUGAGGAGCGUAAGCGCGUGGAAAGGUGGCAACAGGAGCAGGAGCGCCUCCUACAGGAGCAGUACCACAAGGAGCAGGAGAAGCUGAAGAAGGAGUGGGAAAAGGCUCAACUGGAGGUCCAGGAGGAGGAACGCAAGCACAACGAAGAGGAGAGGAAGAUCUUGGAGGAGACUGUGGCGCCCCUCAAGCCCUGCGUGACGCCCGUGUUGCCACCUGCUGCAGACAAAAAAAACGUCAGCCAACUUGUACCCCUGCAGCAAAAUGGCCACAAGGACGCCCGAGGGAGUGAAGAGCAGCAUGCGUCCAAGGUGCACUUUUUACAGGACACCGUCUCCGAUACCGAGCCAGCCAAGAAGUCUGAAUUGUGGAAGACGGCCUCUCUGGAUCGAAACUCUCAGCCAAACCCAUCGCAUGGUGUCAAAAGGUGCGAUUCUCACGAUGGCAUCGCCGGAACACAGCAGCCGCCGUCUUCACCCUUGCCGCCGUCGCCCAGCAGGUGCGUUAGCGGGAAGAGGCAAUGUUCCGGUUGCUCUCAGCCCCUGGGGAAAGGAGCGGCCAUGAUCAUCGAAACACUCGGACUCUUCUUUCACAUGCAGUGUUUCAAGUGUGGCUUGUGUGAGGGGGAGCUGGGCGACGCCGCCAUCGGGACAGACGUGAGAAUCCGUAAUGGUCUGCUGAGCUGUCACCACUGCUACUUAGCAUCAAGAGGCCGAGGACAGCCAACAACCCUAUGAUGAUCUGAACCCGACCCCUGACAACCAACCCUCAUCUAACUUUCCUCAAAUAGACCCCACAUGAUCUAAACACACUGCACAUCCACUAUGUGUUUGUCAGCAUGACCAGCAUGUUUAUGACAAGACACAAUACAGCAACUGGUAUAAUAAUAAUACAGUGAACCCCAGUUUAACGCACCUGCAGUAUGCACCACAAUCACAGAAAUAUGUACAAAUCUGCAAUAUAGCGAGACCAUGAAAGGUUUUACGCCUCACCUGGUUCAGCUUUAUUAAAGGGGAAUUAUCAAGAGGCAGGACACACCACACGCCCUGCUGCAAUAUGAUUGGCUGCUACAUGGAGGCAUACUGUACUGUCUUAUACUGCCCCCACGUGGCCAAGGUGGGCAGUCCAGAAGCAGCGUUCAAGUGUUGCAACGUGACAAAAAAAUAAUUCAGUUUGGAUUAUUUUAUGUAACUGUUCUGGUUUUAUCAGGUACAGUAGGACGGAUCGCCAUUUUGCCUCAUAAAAAUGUGGCAAAUUCUUGGGCGUGGGGGGGGAGCUGUAAUGGACUACAUUCUGUAAAAAUUUACGAUAUAGCUAUAUAACGGGGGUUCACUGUACUUCAACUGGAAUCAAGAUUCAGGAGACACUACAAGACUAUAACACGACUUUUUUUACAUAGGUAGCGUGACCAUUUGAAUGCCUUACCUUCUCCUCCCUCUUUGUUUUUCCACUUUUGCAUGAACAGUGGUUAUUGCAAGUAUGAGUUUGACAUGCAGUUCUCCGACAUUUCAGUUUGUUUUACGUCUUUGUCCACUUGCAUGUUGGCUUGGAACUCUUUUCCCUUGAACCGUAUCAACCAGUGCCUUAAUUCAGAGUGUGUGUACUGUUACCGUACACAUGGACCUGGAAAUGUAUGUGUGUGUGUUGUGACAUGAAGUGAAAUUCCAUGCCAGCAAGUAAAACGAGUGGAUCAUUCUCUUGCACAUCCUGUUCACUGUUAUAGUGAUCAAACCAAUGACACGUACAUAAUACCUGCUGCUUCCCUAUACCAUUUUUAUCGUUAUUUCAUAACAUCCUGACAUUCGGGCUUCAACGCAGGUGUUGCCGCUACUUCUCGUUUCUUCUGGUCGAAGAAAACUGCUCGCCGUCUUUUAUAGCCACUGUAUGUUUGUCAAUAAAACUGUCUAAAAUGGC